AUAAUGAUUGCUGGAGCGGAAGGUGAGGAGAAAAAAAUAUGUUCUUUUGAUUAAAAAUCUUAAUUUAAAUAAUUAAUUGGUGAUUAGUUUGCAGAUUAAGUUGAAAGAGCAACAAAAAUAUGCUUAUCUAAAGAAUAAAUAGAUAAUGAAAUGGUAAUCUAUAAAGUGCCAAGGUUUUCUGAAAUUAAUAAAAAUCACUACAAUAAUCGAUCAAAUGGAGAUUCAUCUCAAAUUACCGCACUUAUUUUACACUACACAGUCACAAACUUUUAUAACACUCUAGAUUUAUUUACUAGAGAUACAGAAGUCAACCCUGUCAGUUCAACAUAUAUUAUAACUUAAUAUGAGUCAUAAAAUCAAAUUCCGAGUGGAAAAGUAAUUUAAGUAGUACCUGAAGAGAAGAAGGCAUGGCAUGCAGGGAUCAGCCGAUGGCAAAAUAUGGUGAAUUUAAAUGAUAAUUCUAUUGGGAUAGAGCUUGUAAGUGAAGGAGUUAAUUAAUAAGGUUAAUUCGUUCCUUUUGAUAAUGAGCAAAUUAUUGUAUUAGCUUAGCUCUGUAAAUUAAUAAUACAAAAAUUCAAAAUAUCUCCAGUCUGUGUUCUUGGACAUUCAGAUAUAGCACCAAAUAGGAAAAUGGAUCCAGGUAUUCUGUUUCCUUGGGGUAUUCUUUACACAAAUUAUGGUAUUGGAGCAUGGUUAACAGAAUAAGAAAAGACUAUUCAUGGGAUUAUGAAAUUUAAUCCUGAAGAAGCUUUACCAUAGAAAGUUAGCAUAUCUUUUUUAUCUCGACAUUUCAAAAAGUUUGGAUAUUAUAUUCAGGAAAUAAAUGUUGAGACCAAAGAAUUUUGGGAUGUUUUGAAGGCUUUUAAGGCUCAUUUCUCUUAUAAUUAGAUUCCUGAAAAGUAUAAUAGUAUACCUGAUAUGAAUGAUAUGAUAUGGAUAUGGGGAUUAACAGCCAAAUACAAGGAAUACUUAAGUUGA